CAAUUUUCAGCAAUUUCUUACCUUUCUCUCUCUCUCUCUUUCAAUUUUAGGAGUUGCAAAAGUCUUUGACCUUUCGUCUACCUUUUUCUUUUUUUGUUGUUUUACUUUGCGUUUGUCUGAAGAAUGGUGAGUUCCACAACUACGAUUUCUGCUGAGGGCUCUCCAUCUCCUUCACCCCAAAGGAAGAUUAUGCUUAAGGUCAAGACCCAACAGGAUGGAGGAGAGGAUGUAUACAAGAUUGGUUAUGGUGCAAAUUUGAAGAAACUAAUGGAUGCUUACUGCACCAAGAGAAACUUAGAGAAAACCACUGUGAGAUUCAUCUUUCGCUAUAAAGAACUCAAACCGCGUCAGACUCCUGCUCAGUUGACGAUGAAAGAUGGCGACAUCAUUGAUAUUGUAACCGAUCAAGGCGGUGGCUAAUCUCGCCGGAAUCUCGUCAUAUGGAAGUAAUUUUUUUAGGCGUUUAUAAAAAGGAAUACUUUUAACUAUUUAGAUCUUCAUUACCAAACUCUUGAGUUUCUUCUGGUUUGUAGUUUUUUGUUGUUACAUCUUAAAGUUUGAACGUUGUUGACCAUUUGAUUUAAGGAGAUUAGUUAAUGUUUC